CAGAAAACAGGAAACAGUUGGGAGCAGCAGGACGAGGAAAAUGAGUUUUCUGAUCACGAAAUGUUCGGUGUAAACCACACCGGGUCUAACGAAGAAGUCUUGCCACAGAUAACUUUGCAGAGCAGUGCAGCACAGGAGGACAGCCAAGUGGCAACGCAUACUUACAUUUGCUGGAAGUGCGGUUAUAGAGCGACAGAAAGACAUCUCUUGUUAAGACAUAUGAAAACUCAUACCGAUGAGAAACCCUUUGUGUGCGGGGAGUGCGGCUAUAGUACGGCCCAUAGGUUUAGCUUAUCCCGGCACAUGAAAACACAUACAGGUGAGAAACCCUACAAGUGUGACCAGUGUGACUACUCCGCAGCACGGAAAGGCCGAUUAGACCAGCACGUCAUGAUAAAACACACUGGCGAGAAACCCUACGUGUGCGAGGACUGCGGAUUCAAAACGGCAGAAUUUUCGCUUCUAUCCUACCACAGGAAAAAACACACCGGUGAAGAACUCUACAAAUGUGACCAAUGUGACUAUUCCGCUGCUCGUAAGUCCCAUUUGGACCAACAUAUGGCUAAACAUAGUGACGAGAAAGCCUACAUGUGUGGGAAGUGCGGAUACAGUACGGCCUAUCAGGCUAACCUGACCCGGCACAUGAAAACACAUACAGGUGAAAAACCAUACAAAUGCGACCAGUGUGACUAUUCUGCCGUGCAGAAAUUUCAGGUCGACCAACACGUCAUGGCAAAACACACCGGUGAGAAACCCUACGCGUGCGGAGAUUGUGGGUAUAGAACGGCUUAUAAGGAUGGCCUCACCCAGCACAUGAAAACACACACAGACGAGAAACCCUACAAAUGUGACCAGUGUGAUUACUCUGCCACUCGACAACAUCACCUAAACCAACAUAUGAUUAAACAUGGACAUGCUGGUGAGCAAGCGGGGGUGGAAAUGGAUUAUAAGGUGCUAUCCUGGCACAUGAAAUCACGUGCAGGCGACAAACCAUACAAAUGUGACCAGUGUGACUAUUCUGCCGUACAGAAAUUUCAAGUCGAUCAACACGUUAUGGUAAAACACACCGGCGAGAAACCUUACGUGUGUGGGGAGUGCGGUUACAGCACGCCUUAUACCUCUAACCUAUCCCGGCACAUGAAAACACACGGCGAAAAACCGCACAAAUGUGAGCUGUGUGAAUAUUCUGCAACACAGAAAGCCCAUUUAGACCAACACAUUAUGACAAAGCACACCGGCGAGAAACCCUACAUGUGUGAUGAGUGCGGAUACAGAACGGCUAACAGGUCUACCCUAACCAGACACAUGAACAAUCAUACAGGUGAAAAACCCUUCAAAUGUGACCAAUGCGACUAUUCUGCAGGACGGAAAGCCCAUUUAGAACAACAUGUCAUGGUAAAACAUACCGGUGAAAAACCCUACAAGUGUGAGGAGUGCGAAUACAGAACGGCUAAUAGGUCUCACCUAACAAGACACAUGAAAAAGCAUACAGGAGAGAACAUACAAUGUAACUAGUGCGACUAUUCUAGAAACCUGUAUUUGAAAGGAUUACGGAUGUUUGACUGCCUAUUAGUGUAUGGAGAGAUAACAAUUGAUCAUGAUAGAACUAGCUGUCAGUUUGAAUGGAAGAAAAACCUCGCUAAGACAGUUGAAUAAUUGUAUUCAAUUGAAAUGAGCAAGUGAUUUCCAGUCAUCAUAGCAUCAUCAUAUCCCCGGCCAAGUGAUCAGUUUACAUGAUAAUUUCUGAAACAGGCUCAGUCAG